AUGAAUCUCUCACGCGUAUGUGCAAAUUUACAAAACUUAACACAUCACCUUCCGUGCGGCUUUAGCGCGGGUGUCAUUAGUUACGGAUAUAGGCCGUUUUCGUGCCAUCAGGAGACCACCGCCACCACCGAGGCAGCAUCUCCGGGUUGUUUCAAAGCGUCAAGCAGCAGCCGGCAUAGAUUUUCGGUGCAACAAGUGCGUUCCUACAGUCAAAAAGCGCAUUUCUACAAUGUCGACCGCAAACGUGGGCCGCUGCAGGUCGAGGAAUUAGCUAAUGUUGAUUCACUAUUAUCACCUCAUCAUACGCCACCUGAAGAUGUUAUGACGUGGUUCCGCCAGGGGAGUCUUAGGGGAGCAGGUUGGGAGAAGCAGGAGAUUUGUGACGUAACGAUCCAGCAGCUCAAUCGCACGAAGAGCAAUGAAGUGACCCCGCAGCAGCGGGAAGCUUUCGUUAAGCUGCUGGCUAAUUUUGUGAGACAACGGGACUCGGACAAAAAGCACUCGGAAGAUCAACUGUUCCAAAUGUUUAAAAAUAAGGACACGAACACGGUCAACAUGGGCAAGUUCCUGGCGGAACUACGCACUAUCGGCAUCCGCCGGACGGAUCCGCGCAUCCAGGAGAUGAUGGAAAACCUGAAGCGCGUGCACAAGCUCAACAACUACGAGCACGGGUCGCCGCACACACAGCACCUGAACGAGGAAACCUUCAAGGCCGUGAUCGCGCCCAACAUCGUGCUGAUUGCGCGCGCCUUCCGCCACCAGUUCGUCAUCCCCGACUUCCAGGGCUUCACCAAAGACAUCGAGGAGAUCUACUGGAAGUGCAAGAGCAACGCCGAUGGCAAGGUGGCCAACUACAUCCCGCAGCUGUCGCGCGUCAACCCGGACUACUGGGGCGUCAGUGUGUGCACGAUCGACGCGCAGCGCUUCUCGAUCGGCGACACCUCGGUGCCGUUCACGCUGCAGAGCUGCAGCAAGCCGCUGACGUACGCGAUCGCCCUCGAGAAGCUGGGCGCCCAGGUGGUGCACCAGUACAUCGGCCAGGAGCCGAGCGGGCGCAACUUCAACGAGCUCGUGCUGGACUACGAGAAGAAGCCGCACAAUCCGAUGAUCAACGCGGGCGCGAUCCUCACCUGCUCGCUGCUGAAGACGCUCGUCCACCCGGAGAUGACGCUGGCGGAGAAGUUCGACUACGCGCAGACCUGGUUCAGCCGGAUGGCGGGCAACGAGCCGCUCGGCUUCAACAACGCCGUGUUCCUGUCGGAGCGCGAGGCGGCCGACCGGAACUACGCGCUCGGCUUCUACAUGCGCGAGCACAAGUGCUACCCGGAGAAGGCGAACCUGCGCGAGUGCAUGGACUUCUACUUCCAGAUCUGCUCGAUGGAGGCCACCUGCGACACGCUGUCGGUCGUCGCGGCCACCCUAGCCAACGGCGGCAUCUGCCCGCUGACGGAGGAGCGCGUGCUGCAGUCGGAGAACGUCCGGGACGUGCUGUCGCUGAUGCACUCGUGCGGCAUGUACGACUUCAGCGGCCAGUUCGCGUUCAAGGUGGGUCUGCCGGCCAAGUCGGGCGUGUGCGGCGGCGUCAUGCUGGUCAUCCCGAACGUGAUGGGCAUGUUCAUGUGGUCGCCGCCGCUCGAUCCGCUCGGCAACAGCUGCCGGGGGGUGCAGUUCUGCAAGGAGCUCGUGGACGUGUUCAACUUCCACCUGUACGACAACAUCAAGCACGGCUCGAACAAGAAGGACCCGCGCCGCCACCGGUACGAAACCAAGGGCCUGUCGGUGGUGAACCUGCUCUUCUCGGCGGCCAUCGGUGACGUUACGGCCCUGCGGCGGCACAAGCUGUCCGGCAUGGACAUAACGCUCGCCGACUACGACGGCCGGACGGCGCUUCACCUUGCCAGCGCCGAGGGACACUUCGAGUGCGUCCGGUUCCUGCUCGAGCACUGCGGCGUUCCGCACGACCCGAAGGAUCGCUGGGGCAACCGGCCGAUCGACGAGGCGGAAACGUUCGGCCACGAGGACGUGGUGGCGCUGCUCCGCCAGUGGGAGGAGAAGGUGCUGAAGGCGAAAUCCUGCGACGCGAGCGAAACGGGCUACAACUCCGACCAGGACAGCGACUCGUCCAGUGGGAAGGGAUCGGCCAAGAAGGACGGUUCGCCCGGGGCGGAGAUUUUAAAUUAGACCAAUUAGAACCUAGCCCAUCACCACUGAAUGACGAGCACCAGCUUUACCAGCGUUGAAAGCAAAUCAACAUUAACUGCGACAAUAAUUACCGCUGCGAUUUAGGAACCGUAUAAAGGGCACUCGGUUUAAUUCGUCCCUUUCUAUAUGUAAACCACCUACCUAGAUAGAUGUUAGCGUUCAUGCACCCUUUUCGUGUGCUUCUAACCGUGUGCGUGUGUGUGUAUGAGUGCGUGUAUAAAUGCAUGUCAAUUAAACUAUAUCGAUGUCGAAUCAAUCAAUGAACUUAACGUCAAUAAACCCAAACGAGACUGUAUUC